UGGAAUGCCUGAAUUUGAAACAAAAUUUGAUAAAGUUUGCAAACUUACAAAGCAGUGUGCCAUGGUUUCUGUCACUACGAAAGCGCACAAUGUAUACAAAAUUGAAAACAUGUUGUCAAGCAGUAUGCUGCAUCACCCAGCAGCACUUAACGGCCAUUCUGGCCUUCUUCUCGAUUGUCAACCAAUACACAAUGCGGGUCAGCUUGAAUCUGGCCAUCACGGAAAUGACAACAACCUCAACCGAACCCACGUCAAACGGAUCCACCACUAAUGACACGAUCGAGGGGAUGCUGCGCACUCCCUGUGGCCUAUUCAAAAUGGAACGUCAACUAUCGCGCAGCACCGACGAGGAAGUUUUCGAUUGGGACGAACACACCCAGGGCAUCAUCCUGUCCGCGUUCUUCUGGGGCUACGUACUGUCACACUUUGGCAGUGCCUUCAUUGCCGACAAGUACACGAAGACACUGCUGGGGAUGAGUGUUCUGGUUACGGCGAUUUUGACCCUGCUGACGCCGCUGGCGAUCGAUAUUGGAGGGGCGCCGGCGUUGAUUGCGGCACGGGCAAUCGAAGGUUUCGGCGAAGGCGCCACGUUUCCGGUGCUGAGCGCUAUCAUCGCCCACUGGAUUCCACCGCAGCAGCGCGGAAUGCUCGGGUCAUUCAUUUUCAGCGGCGGACAGAUUGGAUCCCUGUUCGGGGGCAUCGGAACGGGAUACAUCAUUGCGGAGCUGCACAGCUGGAGAUUGGUGUUCUAUGUUUGGGGUGGAUUUGCGGUAGUUUGGUACGUCAUUUGGGAGAUUUUCGGAUUCGACAGUCCAGAGACUCAUCCCUUUAUAACCGAUCGGGAAAAGCAGUUACUGAUGGAGAAGUUCAGCAACGCUAGGAAGCGUACGGAUAUGGGUCCAAUACCUUGGAAAAGGAUCCUCACGAGUCUGCCUUUCUGGGCGUUAGUUGCCGGGCAGGUUGGUCACGAUUGGGGCUUUUAUCUUAUAGCAACUGACUUACCAAAAUACAUGAAAAGUAUCUUGGGACUCUCAGUGAAAGACAACGGACUGAUCAGUUUCUUUCCCUUCCUCUCGAUGUGGGUAUUCUCGGUCCUGACGGGUUGGAUCUGUGACGUGCAAAUAAGAAAAAAGUGCAUCUCGCCCACGACGGCACGGAAAUUCUGGACCACUAUUGGAUCGCUACCUCCGGCCGUGCUGCUUUUGGGGGCUUCCUAUGCCGGCUGCAAUAAGAUCAUCGUGAUUGUCUAUUUCGCUCUUUCGGUGACGCUGAUGGGUGGCUUCUAUCCGGGGAUAAAAGUCAAUGUUAACGACUUGAGUCCAAACUAUGCCGGUUUUCUGAUGGCGAUAGUGAACGGAAUUGGUGCGAUUACUGGAAUCAUUGUACCUUACACGGUCGGAUUGAUGACACCAAACCAAACACUCGACGAAUGGCGUUUCGUAUUCUGGAUCGCUUUUUGGGUUCUGAACGUCACCAAUGUCAUUUUUAUCGUGUUCGGAUCUGGAAAAAUACAACCAUGGAACGACCCCUCCAGCGAGUCGGCCAACGAAUAAGCAAAAAUAAACCAU